AUGAAGUCCUCAGAUUUUUCUCCCAUACUAUUAUCGGUAACAACGUUAUCAGUGAUGUUAGUAUCAUCGUUUACUCUAUUGGUGAUCUCACAAUUACCUUCUACGUUAACAUCAGCAAGAACUAGAUUUCUCGUGGGACAACUAUCAUCUGUUAUACUUGGAUUUGGUAUCUUGAUACUUGGCGGUGCUAUUCCAAUGUUUGCUUGUAUCCUUUCGAUUACGGCAGCCCUACCAAGGAUUAACAGAAGGCUCAGACCUACAAUUGGACCUUUCUUCCUUGCUAUCAUGCACGUUGUACAAAGAUUUAUCUUUGAGAAAGAAUUGAUCGAUCAAAAAAUCAGUCAAAUAAUAAGCGAAGGUAUAUUGAUGUUUACUGCAAUCCUGGCAGGAUUAUACUACAGGUUUCUAACAGCAACAGCACAUAAAAGGACCUUCGCUGGUACCAGAACGGUGAUCGAAUCUCGGAUAAAAUUAGAAUGUGAAAGAGAACAGCAGGAACAAUUAUUGCUAAGCGUUAUUCCGGCCUACAUAGCAGCUGAGGUAAAAUAACAAAUGAUUUUCUUACGAAUAUUCUCCAAAUAGCUAAAAGAAAAUGAAACCAUACACACCAAAAGGUUAAAACGAUUAUCUGUUGGAAUGGACAAUCAAUGCAUGAGAAUCAAGAUAUUAGGAGAUUGUUAUUACUGUGUCUCGGGAUUGCCAGUUUCCCGGCCUAAUCAUGCAUAUAAUUGCGUCAAUAUGGGCCUGCAAAUGAUAGACGCAAUUAGAUUUGUACGAGAAGCAACUGGAUUCAAUGUAGACAUGAGAAUAGGAAUUCACACUGGAAAUGUUCUUUGUGGUGUCCUUGGACUUCGCAAAUGGCAAUUCGAUGUUUGGAGUGACGACGUUACUCUUGCUAAUCAUAUGGAAAGUGGUGGUCUUCCUGGGAGGGUCCACAUAACAAAAGCCACCCUUCUUCAGCUUGGUGAUCGUUUCGAGGUCGAACCAGGGGAUGGUGGAUCGCGUGAGAAUUAUCUGGCCCAGCACAAAGUAGAAACUUUUCUUAUAAUCCCGCCUAAGAAAAACAACGAAGAAAACGGACUAGAAAAUGGUGGCAAUAGUAUACGAGGACCUGGACCUAUUCCCACGAGAUCCAGACCUAGCAGUAAAAUGACUAAAUACGUUGAAUGCUGGGGUGCCGAUAAACCUUUCGCAAAUAUCGCUGAAACAACUUUAGCAAAAAAUAUAGGAUUAACGAGCAUUGCUAUGAUCGAAUCUAAUCUUAUAGCAAACAAUACCAAUUUUUUCGAUAUCAAGCAAUGGUGCGGUGGUAGCGAGGAUAUAUUACCUUUCACCUAUUGGUUCAAAGACAAACAUCAAGAACUCCAAUACAGAGAACAAAAAGAUGAACAAUAUCCUUGGUAUCUUAUUGCAUCCAGCAUCUUCUACACAUCUAUGUUCUCUAUUCAAAUAGUUUACAUGCGAAGGAGUAUCACCGUUUAUGGAUGUUUCUCAGCUGGUUUGGUAUCUUUAUUAACAAUUGCUGGAAUUUCUUGGUUCGUCGGUAGAACAAGAUGCGAGAGUGAAUUAGAUGCUCAAGGACAAGUUCCAUUUUGUCGUGGAAUAAGAAUGACUGUUUAUUUUAUCACCGCAUCUUUAGCAACCGCUUCAUCUGUUAUCAGUUUAAUCGAUAUUGAUUAUAACUCUUAUCAAGAUGCACCGUUAUAUGUAUAUUCGGCAACAAUCGCAUUAGUCAUCAGUUGGACUCAUUUAAGAGUAGGCUUCCUGUUAAAACUCACAGUGAUGAUAAUCUCAAUCUCCCUAAUAUUACUAACUUUAUCUCAAGCGCCAAUUAUAGAGCUUUAUUAUGCAAAACACGAAAUCGAAUUUAAAGGCCUAAAUUACUUGCUGGAAAUAGGAUACUUAUUGUUAUUGGUGGCAUUAGUACUUCAUGUAUUAGACAGACAAGUUGAGUACACAUCGAGAACAGAUUUUCUUUGGAAAAGUAAACUCAAAGUCGAACAAGAUGACGUUGAAACUAUGAGAGGAAUCAAUAAGAUUCUUUUGGAGAAUAUAUUACCUGCACACGUGGCUGAUCAUUUUCUAGCUACUAGAACAACACAGGAACUCUAUCACGAAAGAUACAGCAGUAUAGCAGUAAUGUUUGCAUCUAUACCUAAUUAUAAAGAAUUUUACGACGAGACUGAUAUAAAUAAACAAGGUCUAGAAUGUCUAAGACUUUUAAAUGAAAUCAUUUGCGAUUUCGAUAUGCUUUUAUUGAAACCUAAAUAUUCUGGUAUUGAAAAGAUCAAAACUAUUGGAAGUACUUACAUGUUGGCAUCCGGAUUGAGUCCUGGGAAAGAAAAUACUGAAGCUAAGGAUCCGUUGCAACAACAAGAUCACAAUGUGAUAGUUCUUGUCGAAUUUGCCAUUGCACUGAUGACGAUUCUUGAUCAGAUUAAUAGAGAAUCUUUUCAGAGGUUUAAAUUGAGAAUAGGUCUCAAUCAUGGCCCCGUGAUAGCAGGUGUGGUAGGAGCGCAGAAACCUCAAUACGACAUUUGGGGAAAUACGGUAAACGUGGCGUCAAGAAUGGAUAGUUGCGGAGAGAUGGGAAAACUUCAAGUUACCGAGGACACAGCUAAGAUAUUAAUUGCAGCAGGAUAUGAAUUAGUUUGUCGUGGGCCUACCUUUGUUAAAGGCAAAGGAACAUUGACAACAUAUUUCGUCAAAACACCGUUCGAUAAUAAAGAAGAUAAUUACUGAGUACCUGAUUUCUAUAAUUUCAAUUAUGUGACAUCAACGAGAGAAGUGAAAUAAAAUAAAAGAAAGAAAUUUAAGAAUCUCGUUGAUUACUAUUUAAAUUGAAGAACAAAAAAUAAUUCUAUACAUUUUAUUCUCUAACUG